CCCGUGCCUCAAGGGCUCCUCCCUCCCACUGCUGCCACUGUCUCCCAGAGGCCAGCUGCUGGCAGGCGUGUGGUGCAGGUGGCCCUGGAGGACCCCGAGCCACUGCCAUGUCUGACUACGAGAACGAUGACCAGUGCUGGAGCGCCCUGGAGGGCUUCCGUGUGGCACUUACCUCCAUCAUCGACCCCUCACGCAUCACGCCCUACCUCCGCCAGUGCAAAGUCCUGAACCCCGACGAUGAGGAGCAGGUGCUCAGCGACCCCAGCCUGGUCAUCCGCAAGAGGAAGGCGGGUGUGCUCUUGGAUAUCCUGCAGCGCACUGGCCACAAGGGCUAUGUGGCCUUCCUGGAGAGCCUGGAGCUAUACUACCCGCAGCUGUAUAAGAAGGUCACAGGCAAGGAGCCAGCCCGCGCCUUCUCCAUGAUCAUUGAUGCAUCGGGGGAGUCCAGCCUGACGCAGCUGCUCAUGACGGAGGUGCUGAAGCUUCAGAAGAAGGUGCAGGACCUGACUGCACUGCUGCGCUCCCAGGAUGACCUGGCCGAGGAGCUGCGGCUGAAGGACGGGCUCCUGCGCCAGCACCAGGAGCACACACAGAGGCUCAGGGAAGAGCGUGAGGCCGGCAGCCGCGAACUCAAGCGCUGCAAGGACGAGAACUACGAUCUGGCCAUGCGCCUGGCCCGCCAGAGUGAAGAGAAAGGCGCAGCUAUCAUGCGGAACCGUGACCUGCAGCUCGAGAUCGACCGGCUCAAGCACAGCCUCAUGAAGGCGGAGGAUGACUGCACAGUGCAGCGCAAGCACACGCUGAAGCUCCGGCAUGCCAUGGAGCAGCAGCCCAGCCAGGACUUGCUAUGGCAGCUGCAGCAGGAGAAAGCACAGCUGCAGGCCCGGCUGCAGGGCCUGGAGGCCUCUGUCCAGGAGGGCAAGCUGGGCAGGGGCAGCCCCUAUAUCCAGGUGCUGGAGGAGGACUGGCGGCAGGCACUGCAGGACCAGCAGCAGCAGGCCAGUACCAUCUUCUCUCUGCGCAAGGACCUCCGCCAAGGCGAGGCCCUGCGCAUACGGUGCAUGGAGGAGAAGGAGAUGUUUGAGUUGCAGUGCCUGGCCCUGCGCAAGGACUCCAAGAUGUACAAGGAGCGCAUUGAGGCCAUCCUGCAGCAGAUGGAGGAGGUGGCCACCGAACGGGACCAGGCCAUGGCAUCGAGGGAGGAGCUGCACAAGCAGUUUGCACGGAAUCUCCAGGAGAAGGACCAGCUACGCAAGCGGGUGCGCGAGCUGGGCGAGAAGGUGGACGACCUGCAGCUGCAGCUGUUCCAGCGCCAGGCCCAGCUUCGGGCCACAGAGGGCAGGCUCAGGCGGCAGCAGCUGGAGACGCUCAUCUUGCAGAGCUCUGACCUGGAGGAUGGCUCACCUGGGAACUCCCAGGAGGUGAGCGUGCCCCAGGAGUGCUGGGACCUCCAUCCACCCCAGCCUGGUUGGGUACCAGAGUCCCUGAGCAGCUCUGCAGGCGGUGACAGCAGUCCCCCCCUGAAGGGACAGGGGCAGGAGCACAGCAGUAGCUCCCAGAAUGGCCUGACUGGACAACCACCCUCUCGUUGGAAGCUCUCGUUCCCCCAGGACCUGGAGGACACCCAGCUCUCGGACAAAGGUGCCCUGGCUGGAGAGAACCCAGAGCAGCCCUUCGUGGCUCUGCAGAAGGAGCACCUUUCAGUGACCCCGAACGACGCAGGCCUGACCAGCGGGGAGCCCCCGGAGAAGGAGCGACGGCGCCUCAAGGAGAGCUUCGAGAACUACCGCAGGAAGCGAGCGCUCCGCAAGGCUAAGGACAGCUGCAGGCAGGAGGAGGCAGACCGCGAACACACCACAGGCAGUGACAACACGGACACCGAGGGCUCCUAACGCGCACAUGGCGUGGGGGUCCGCGCCCAGA